CGUCGACGCGCCUGCGGGCAGGUCGUGCGCGCAGUCUCCAUCUCUCACAACUUUAUAAUCCCUACAGAAUUCUCCAGUUUAAUUGCAAAACCCAGUCCGCUUUAUUCUACAGAAUUUCCCCCCUCACUACGAUAUUGCUACGACCAUGGGCGUGAACACAUUCUCCGCUGUUGCACACAUCACGCCAGUUGUAGUCAAGACCUUGCUGAAGCACGGCCGACAGAAGGGCCACAAGCUGAAGCAUGGUGAUGAGACCGAGGAAGCUACGGACGAUAUCUUUUACGAUGAAGCCUUCCACAUCGUCAAAGCAUUCAUCGAGCUUGGUACUCACAACACGGUUGAAUCGCUGCAAGCGUUUACGAACACUCAUGUUCCGUCGCCGCCUUGGGCUGCUGUGUCCCCUGUGCAGGUUCCUCUUGCAUCCUGCAACAAGGCAGCCGAUGUCUUGAUUGAAUGGUUCGGCCCAGAUGACCUGAAGCACGUGGUAGGCGGAGAACGAUGGUGGCAGGUCAGAGGGUCAGACGGGAUAGACUCAGAGUGGAUUACCGAGAGGAAGUACCUCGACCAUGCCCAGAUAUCUCGUCCCGAGAGAUUGACCGAGACGGAGGAGCAUAUUUUGCGCAUGGAGCAUCUGAAAACGGUUAUGCUCUACGUCCAUGGAGGUGCUUACUUCUGGGGCUCCAUCAACACUCAUAGGUAUCAAGUUAUCCGCUAUGCCCGCAAGAUGAAGGGUAGAGCGUUUGCCGUGAACUAUAGGAAAGCACCCCAGUACCCAUGGCCUUGUGCAUUGCAAGAUGUCUUAGCAGCUUACUUCUACCUGAUCGACCCUCCUGCUGGAGCGUUGCACCAAGCCGUUUCCCCCAGCAAAAUCGUCUUUGCUGGCGACUCUUCAGGUGCAGGCCUGUGCUUGACAGUCCUCACUGUGCUAAGAGAUAUGGGUUUACCUCAACCCGCGGGCGCCGUGCUCAUCAGUCCUUGGGUGGACAUGACGCACAGCUUUCCUAGCGUCAUGACCAAUGCUGCGACGGAUAUCAUACCUCCUCAUGGCUUUAUUCACAAGCCGUCGGUGACUUGGCCUAUACAUGCGCUUCCGACGGACGGCCGUGCGCGUGCGAUAGAGACGCAAACCAAUCCUCCUCCGAAACCCGGGCAUGCUGACACUCUCCGGCCCAGCGACACUCGCUUCGAAACCCAGAUGGAGUGCUUGCAGCAAAUGCGCGAGAAGGGAGAAGAAGUGCACGCUGGCGACCUGAAAGAGGGCAAAGAGAAGCUGGGAAGUCAGCAGGAAAUGCUACACUCUUUCGGUACUUCAACUUCUGGGAGAUGUCGAUCUGAUGACAAUCUGAGUGGGGAAGAUACACCCUUUCCCAUUCAGGAUAAUCUAGCGACGCCCCAUUCGCAAGUCAAGGCCACUUACGGGCCUACCCUUGAGAAUGGUGAUGAACAGCCUGAGGACGUCAACGCAGGCUCAGAUAAGCAGGAUCACGAGGAUGCUCAGGGAUCUAGCAAGAGGUUUCCGGCAGCUGCAAAUGAUAACGGCGGCGAGCAUCGCAAUAGGGAAUGGAAUGACGAUGCCGUAAUCGACUUUUGGGAACCGAAGCCGCCUAAAGUCUUCAUGGACGACCCAAAUGCGACGCCGCUGGAACUGCGUUCUCAGAUCCAACUGUAUGCGACUAAUGAGCAGCUGACACAUCCGCUCGUGUCGCCCGUCCUACAGGGGUCGCUCGGAAAUCUCUGCCCACUGUAUAUCAUAGCUGGUGAUGGUGAAGUGCUCAGGGAUGAGAUCAUGUACAUUGCGCAUAAAGCUGCACAUCCUGAGGAGUACCCGGUUAGGAGAGGCAUUCUCAGGGAAAGCCGGAGGCAAAGGGAGAACGCGGAGAAGUUCCAGACUCCUACUAGGGUUCAUCUGCAGGUGUUUGACGGGAUGUGUCACGUUUUGACUGUGUUCACUUUCACAGAUAGUGCGAAGUAUGCGUAUGCUUCCAUCGCGCAAUUCGUCAAACACGUCGCGACACAACCUGCAGAUCACCUAGAACGCAAUCCCUUCCCAGAACUGCAUAUACCGCCUGAGGAGCUCAGCGAUACAGACUCAGAGGAUGAUCACAACCGCGAGAGGCCGCCUACCAAGCAUACAGUAGAUAGUGGCGAGAAGGUUCUUAAAGAGGCCAUUCCCAGCGCACGCUCUGGCGCUGAGCACUUCAAGCAUAAUGAGGAGAAAGCAAAGGAGGAAGUUAAAAGAGGUGAGGUCGACCAGAUGCCUCCGGGUAGUGAGAACGGCGUGGUCGAUAAUGGGGCAGGCAAGGACAUCCCCCGCGUCAUUAUGAUAAGGGAGCGUGUCGGUGUCUCCGGUAAAGUCAGAUCUAUGGAACCCGUGGAGGAAAUCGAAGUUCUGCGGAUACCACCCGAGCUGAUCGGAAUCAUCAAGGAGGCCCCUGUGAAACGAUGGCUCACUGGUCAAGAAUUGUGGGACAAGAAGUAUAAACAUGCUGCUCACAAAGCCAUUAUGCGUCGGCGAAAGUACGAACGGAAGGCAGAAAGGUUGCUACAGCAUGCCAGGGAGCAAGGAACUCUGCAUCGGCUGGAGUCAAGACCAGGACCUUUGCAUAGGCGAAGAAGCCAUAUCUCCGCAUGCUCUGCGGCUUCUGGCGAAAUCGAUCCGGACAGACGAUGGGGUCCGUUCGAUCUCGUUGAUGAGAAACCUCCACCGAGUGCUAUACCUGGCAGAAGAGACACUCAUGACGCCAUCGCGCUGCUGAAGAAGAACAUAUACCAUACCGCACCCGCAACACACCUGAUGGUACCGACGAUCACGACCUUUGACGCGAUUCGUGCCGCGUUUGACCGCGAGGACCACCCUUCGAGGCCUCCACAACAAUCCGUGUCAGAGCAACAGAUUUAUCUACACGGCAUUCCAAUUCAUGGUGUGCGCAUCUGGCAAUCGCUUAUUACGUACUUCAUGCGUAAAAGCUCCAGGAAAGCCAGUAAGACGGCGGCCCACGGAAAGAAACGUGCAGCAACUUUGAUCAAUGAAGCCACCAACAAACUAUCAUUUGCACGUUCGGAAUCUUCCCCAGAUAGCCCGGCACAGGGGUGAAGUAUGAGGCUCGAAGUCCAUCUCAUUGAAUACUUCUGAUGAUCAAAUAUCUACCUCCUCUGGACACUACAUCAUUCUACCUCUGGAUAACGCUAUUUUAUUCACAGUGUACCGUUUACAACCUCACCUGUAGAUACCAUGUAUAUACGCGUACUGUAUCAUUUUUAGACAUGUCUUACCGAGUCGGUCGGCUAUAUACGCACGGACCGCGUUCC